AUGGGUAAUAAAAAUAGUAAUCAAAUUGUUCAAAAGAGAGCUGGUACUCUCGAACAAUUUAAAGAAGAUGUAUACAAUGCAAAUCAAAUUUUAAAAACAUAUAAAGAUUCUUCAGGAAAGAUAAUAAAGUUGACAUUGGAUAUUACUAAUUUCGAUUUGGUGAAGGAAACUACCUUGUGGAAGUUGUUUGUUAGAGUUUAUGUUUCGUUGGUCAAUCCGAUCGAAGAGAGAGACAAGAAUAGCUGUGGAAGUAAUAGUGGUUGCAAUGCCAACAGUAAUGAUCAUAUCAUUCAUACUGGUGAUGAGGGCAAUGCCAUGGGUAAUGUAGAUCUAAACGACAGGAAUAAUAACAACAACAACAACAACAACCAAAGUAAUAGUAAUAACAACAGUCUGCGUAAUAGCAUUGACAAAUCAAAUGUACAGAAUAUAUUGAAAUACGGUCAGUUCUAUCAGUUUAUGAUGGCAGUACAGGAAAUAAUAGAGAGCGGUGAAACAUCAAUGAAAAAUAACAACAAAUCAAAGUUAAAAAAACAGGUAUCUAAAUCUUCGGUGACACCAGGAGGUGAUUACGAUGAAGACGAUGAAUUUUCAAUACCAAUUAAUGAUAUAUAUAAAAGAGCUUCAUGGCAAAUUGAAGACUCUAGAGAAUGUCCUAUUUGCUUUGAAGAUGAUCAGUUGUCGGUAGUACCGUGUGGACAUGCAUUCUGCUCGGACUGCAUCAACCAAUGGCGAUCGAGAAAUAAUACUUGUCCGAUGUGUCGAACACUCGGUGAUGAUCAAGAUGAAAUGGACUUUGUUUUAGUGGAGGAGGCACAACCCGAGGAGAUUUCUACUUAUUUUCAAACAAUACUUAAAGACACCAGAUAG